GUGGUCGUCAAGCAGACACGUUCAUAUGCAUUUAAAGGGUCCUUUGCCCCUGUCCUUUGAAACUUUUCCUUUUCGCAUUCGUUCAUAUAACUCCCGCUCAACCUGCCCCUGAAUACCUCCCCUCUCCCUCUAUAUUCGUAACCGCCCACUUUCACCCUAGCACACAUACACAACCGUCCAUCGCCCUCGCUCUCAUCCUCUCCACAUGCAACCAUCAAGCACCACAGCCAUGGCGAUCACCGAAAAGUUUUCCAGCCCACCCACAAGUGGGUCAGCACUGUUACAGUUCUUUGCAGCUGCCUUUCGUUCUGAAGACAUCGACUCCAGCUCGGAUGAAGACGAGGAUCAGAACGUCGUCUCCAAAAAGACAGACAAGGACAAGACGCCUCAACCAGCAAAGGACCUUGUCAUCAGAACCGACAAUCUCACGAACAGCGGCAACGAUAGUGAGGACAGCCCCACCAGUCCCGAACGCCCCAGCGACCCAUCCCCCAUCACCAAGCCCCAUCUCAAGAACGACCUCUCCACUACCCCUACCGACACGCGAGGUGCCUCGAGCGGGUUCUCGUUGGGGACUGUCCAUGACAAGGAAGCGGUCGCCGGAAAGCUGCAGGCGGCUUUUGGAUAUUCGAAAGAUGAAGAACUCGUGGGAGAGUUCUCAUGCUGGAUGGCACGCUCGGUUCUGCUGCCUGGAUACAUGUACCUGACGACCAACCACGUCUGUUUCUAUGCCAAUCUACCGAGUAGCCAUGAUGUUGUACAAAAGGAAGGGUUCUUUUCCAAAAAGUCCAAGAACACAAAGUCAUUCAGUCGCUUCUGGUUCAUUCUGAAGAACGAUGUCCUGAGUUAUUAUGCAGACCAAACGGAAAUCUAUUAUCCGAUCAAGACAAUUGACUUGAGAGAUGCCCUGUCUGCGGAGCCAUCUCCCAAGAACGAGCUGACGUUUUAUGUCUACAUGCGGUCGCGAUCACGCAGAUACAAGUUCAAGACGGAUUCCGAGGUUGCGCGCGCAGACUGGGUCAAGGCGAUUCAAAAGUCGAUUUUUCACGCGAAAAUGAACGACGAUAGUGUCAAAAUAUCCAUACCCUUAGCGAACUUGGUGGACCUUGAGAUGAACUCGACUUCGUUCGUAGAUACUAUCAGGCUGUCAAUCAAGGACAGCGAUGAUGUGGAAGACGAGUUCUAUUUCGCCUACUUUGGCGAUACCCAAAAGACACUUGCAGCACUCGAAACACAGCUGGAUCUAUACCGAGAGAGUAGCAAAGGGCACCCGGUCGAGAAUCUCAGAUUCCUCAACAGCACUUCACCAACAGGCGACUCACCUCGGAAGUCUCUUGCAGCAGAAAAUCCACAGGGACCGCUCGCAUCAUCCCUCUCAGGAACUCAGCCAGAAACAUCUCAAUCAGCAUCCGCAGUGUCGUGGUUGAAUCCACUGAAAUAUCUCCAUCCAUCGGGCACCGUCAGUACUACGAGCAAAAGAAGCCCUUCGCCCACUCCUCAUGUCUCCACAAAUGGUGAAGACGAAAGCGAGACAACCGCCAAAAGCCCCUCAUUCUCGAUUCGUGGAACCGCUACCUGGAUCGCGGAACACACACCAGGGCUGUCGAGCAGCAACGGCGACGUUGAAUUGGAAGACGAUAAACAGAAGACGUUCAGGAAAGACUUCUCGUUGCCCGAGGGAGAAGCAUUGGCUGAGACCUUUUCUGGGUACCUACUACGAGUACUUCCGCUCUACGGCAGGAUCUAUCUGUCCAACAACUAUACUUGCUUCGAGUCGACGAUCAAGGGAACUAGCACCAGGGUGAUCGUGCCGCUGAUAGAUGUAGAGCAGGUGGACAGGCAUCGUGGCACUCGAUUCUAUUUUCAUGGAAUGUCCCUGCUCACGAAAACAGGGGAGGAGAUCUUUUUCGAGUUUUCGAAUGCAGAGACCCGGAGUACGGUUCUGAAGGCCGUUCGCGACCGUAUUACCCCAAAGGCACAGGAGAGACGAAGGCAGUACCAGGCACAGGCUAUCAAGGAAACACCCUCGCUCGAGCUGGACGAUCCAAUGGAGUCGCGUGUCAUGGACUCGUUACAGCUACGUGGGGAACUUGUCCAGGGAGAACCCAUGUCCCUGGUAUUGCAUCCAGGGUUUAAGCCCUCGCGUCCAUUGCACAUUACCUGCCUCACUAUUGGUAGCCGGGGAGAUGUUCAGCCUUAUAUCGCCUUGUGUAAGAGACUGAUGGAAGACGGUCAUAAGUGUCGUAUUGCUACGCAUGGCGAAUACAAGGAAUGGGUCGAAGGCCAUGGCAUCGAGUUUGGCCACGUUGGGGGUGACCCUAGUCAGUUGAUCGAGCUAUGCGUAGAGAAUGGGAUGUUCACUGUGUCGUUUAUAAGGGAGGCACUGACGAAGUUCCGGGGAUGGCUCGACGACUUGAUGAGCACUGCAUGGGAAGCGUGCCAGGGCACCGAUGUCUUGAUCGAGUCACCUUCAGCCAUGGCCGGUAUUCACAUCGCUGAGGCGCUCGAAAUCCCCUACUUCAGAGCGUUUCCCUUCCCAUGGACCCGAACGCGGGCGUUCCCACAUCCGUUUGCGGUUCCCGAGCGCAGCCUUGGCCGCGGCUACAAUUACAUGACCUAUACGAUGAUCGAGCAGGUGUUUUGGAAAGGUAUCGCGAGCCAGGUCAAUAAGUGGCGCAGGAGGAAGCUGGGAAUCGCUCCCACGUCCCUUGAAAGGAUGGAGGCGCAUCGGGUCCCGUCGUUGUAUUCCUGGAGCCCUAGUCUGGUUCCGGCACCGAUGGAUUGGCACUCAUGGGUUCAUGUGACGGGAUACUGGUUCUUAGAUAAUCCGGAUCAUGGCUGGACGCCACCGGAGGGGCUGGAGGAGUUUUUGGAAGCCGACCCGGACAAUAAGCCUGUUUACAUUGGGUUCGGAUCAAUGGUCGUUUCUGACCCGGAGAGUAUGACCAAGACUAUCAUCGAUGCUGUUGUCAAGUCAGGAGUUCGGGCCAUUAUUUCGAAGGGCUGGUCUGACAAGCUGUCGACGCAGGAAGAUGGCACUGUGGCCGUGGUGCAGAAUUCCCAUGGAGAUGAGAAAGUAUAUCCAGACAGCGUGUACAUGCUGAAAUCGGUCCCUCACGACUGGCUGUUCCAUCGGCUGGCGGGUGUGGUCCAUCACGGUGGUGCUGGAACAACGGCUGCGGGUCUGCGAGCUGGAAUCCCGACGGUCAUCAAACCUUAUUUUGGAGAUCAGUUCUUUUGGGCGCAGCGGUUGGAGGACGCAGGUGUGGGUGUGUGGUGCCAUGAUCUAACGGUCAAGAAGCUGACGGCAGCUCUGGAGACCAUCACGAAGAAUGAGAAGAUGAUCAGGAAGGCCCAAACGCUAGGUGAACGGAUCCGUGCGGAGGAUGGUGUCGGGAAGGCGAUCCAGUACUUUUAUCAUGAUCUGCUCAAAGGCGACUACGACGAAAACCACAAAGUCUGA